CUGAGCUUGAGAGCAGCCUGGGCCCAGGGGAAGGGGAGGCAACAAACUUUUACAAUUCGGCUUCAGGUUGCAACCCCAGGGCCAAAGCGUUUCCUCCUCCAACAAUUCUCAUGCCAUUUUCAUGGCCCUGGGACUCACAGUACGUUGAUAGCUCGCUUAUUGUAACGGCGUAAGUUGGCGCAACUGUCGGGUUCGACGUUGUCAUGGGUCAGCACCAGUUCACCAACUAGACCAGCACAUUGUACAAGGGUUUCUCCAUCUUACCUGCCUCCUUGAACGGCGAUCUCACAUUCGCUUCUCUUCUGCGUUGCUUCUUUGGAGAGGUUUGAAGUUGUAGGCCCCUCCCAAAAUUCCCUUUCUGCGAGACUCCUGACGACCACAUUUAAAGGACACCCAUUUUGGGUCGCUGUAGGAGUGUAGAGCGGAAAGACAAAGCCUUAAUUGAACACAAUCUGGUUGCAGUAGAAUGUAGAGAAAAGAUUUCUGCAAAGGAACGUAAAGAGAAGGCAGUUUGUCACUGAUGGUCGGGCGAUGGAGUCAAGUGCGGAGAACGCAACAGCCGUCCGUCUGAUUGCCGCCGCCGCAGCCUCGAGUGUUGCAACCGCUCUGGCUUGUUGGUUAAGUGGUCCCCUUGUGCAGAUGCCAGGAAACUUCAGCAUGACGCUCCUUCAAGGUCGGAAGGCCGUUCGCCCUCCCUCUGACGUGGUUGACCCGUUCUGGGCCCUGAUCAGAAAUGAAGCUCAGCAGAUCAUUGCUGACACGAGCGGCGGCAGCGCCGAGAGCGCGCUGAUGUCAGACUACGUCAGCGAGUCCAUCGUGAAGUGGGCCACCAUCGAGGAAGCCCUGGCCAAUCACCUGGCGGAGAAACUAGGCACGGCGGUUUUGUCUGCGGCCAAGUGGCGGCCUGUGCUGACGCGAGCGCUGGCGGAGGGGAAGCACGCAAGCGGCCUGACACUGGGGGAGGUGGUGCAAAAGGAUCUAGAGACGAUUCGGGACCGCGACCCUGCCUGCCCCAGCUUUGCGCACGCGUUCCUCCACUUCAAGGGCUUCCUCGGGCUCCAAGCGCACCGCGCCAGCCACUGGCUCUGGACCGCCGACAACAAGAAGCCGCUCGCGUCGCUCAUCCAAGCGCGCAUUUCCGAGGCCUUUGCAAUGGACAUUCACCCGGCGGCGAGGAUUGGUGUGGGAGUGUUGAUCGACCAUGCGACGGGGGUGGUGAUCGGCGAGACGGCGGCGGUCGGGGAUGGGUGUACGUUGUUGCACGGGGUUACGCUAGGGGGCACCGGGAAGGAGACGGAAGACCGGCAUCCAAAGCUGGGAAAGAACGUGCUGGUAGGAGCGGGCGCGAGCAUUUUGGGCAACGUCAAAAUUGGCGAGGGCGCCAAAGUCGGGGCCGCGGCUCUGGUGCUCACAGACAUUCCUGCACAUGCCACGGCCGUUGGGUCCCCCGCAAAGGUGGUGGGGCGCAGCAAGGAGGACUCGCCCGCGUCGAAGAUGGACCAGAUUUGCAAGAACGUGUACCUCUUCCCCAAGAAGGCCCACUGGUUCUGCCCCUUCCGCACGCUCGACGUCGCGCAGCGCGGCUUUCUCUCGCCGCAGGACGUGUUCGAGAAGCUUAAGCAGAAGAACAUCGACGUCUCCAUCUCCGACGUCGUGGAGAUCUUCUUCAAGCUGGACACGGAUCACAAUGGUCAGAUUACCGAACAGGAGUUCCAGCAAGGGUACGACCAGUUCCUGGGGACCCUCAAAAAGCACGGCAGCUUUAAAACGAUAAUUGCAAAGCUGGGCUGCGAUGAUUCAAUUCCAGAGAACAAGCCAGUGCUUUUCUGAGUGUCCUUGCAAACAACGUGGUGGUGCAGCCAGGCACGGGGUUUGCACGGGGCAUUGUACAAUAUAACAAGCGUAUAAGCGCAGCGGAUCGGCUGAACAAGGGCUCUGCUGAUGGAAGAGUUGUCCUAAGAAAGGGCGUACUCUUAGACACGAUAACAGACCACACUAUACGAGACAAGCUUUGGUACCGUAUGUAUGUUAAGCAAUUGAAUGAACAGGGAAGACCGAGUCAACCGGAGUCCGAAAGGUUACGCAUCGGGUAUUUUAGCUCCAUCUAGCAGGUGCCGGUCAAGUCGGCGUUCCCUUGUGGCAGGCCUGUCGAGCUGGCCCUACAGGGUUCAAUCUCUACCAAUAGUACGCACAUAUGUGCAGCCCGGCCCCACAGGACCAGGUAAACGGCGGUUGAGCACGUGUUUGAAGU